GUUGCAGACCUCGACCGACCUUCACUCCGAGCGCGACAGCUCAGUAAGGACAAAGUGACGAUUAAGUAGAAGAUUACCCCUUCUACCAUCUCACAAAACAAUUCUUUGGUUUUACUCAAGUCGCACUCGUGCGCAUUCAUAGCCCAACAUGGCGGCUAAUAAGCAGGGCAAGAUGCAAAACCUCAUCAACUACCGGAUGAGAGUCACCCUCAAUGAUGGCCGACAGAUGACGGGACAGAUGCUCGCUUUCGAUAAGCACAUGAACCUUGUCCUCGCCGAUACAGAAGAAUUCCGUCGCGUCAAGCGCAAGUCCAAGCCCGCCGCCGGUUCGACCAACGCACCUCUUGUCGAAGCCGAAGAAAAGCGCACCCUGGGUCUUACCAUUGUUCGCGGUACACAUGUCGUCUCUUGCUCCGUUGAUGGACCUCCUCCCGCCGAUCCCUCUGCCCGACUUGGUACUGCUGGCCCUGGUGCAGCUGCCGCAGCUGCCACUCUCGCAGCUGGCCCUGGAAUUAGCAAACCCGCUGGACGUGGUCUGCCGGUUGGUCUGGGAGGCCCUGCUGCGGGUGUUGGUGGCCCUCCCCCGCCGCCCGGCGGUUUCCCUGGUUUCCCUCCUGGUGGUGGUUUCCCUGGAGUUCCCCCUCCGGGCUUCGCUGGUCGUGGUGGUGCCCCUGGUGGACCUCCUGGCUUCGCUCCUCCCCCGGGAUUCGCGCCUCAGGGUGCUCCUCCGGGUGCUUUCCAACCCCCACCGGGAUUCCAGCCCCCUGGACAGGGCCGCGGAUUCCCUCCACCCGGCUUUGGUGGACGGUGAUUUGAUAGUAUGUGCAGCAGCAUGAUGGCUUGCAACCUGGCCAUGACACCGGCAUGGCAGAUACUUCGAACUACGAAUCAAGCGAACAAUAUUCACUUCCCAUUAGUCGCCUAUUUGACGAACCUCAGACGAAUAGGCAUAGCACCCCGAGUUUUACCAGGCAAAGGCGUUGCGGCGUGUGCGGAUGCAGGGAAUGCCCUGACAAAAGAAAAGGUCGACCGAAAUAAGGAUAGGACCGACAGAAGUAAUGCUAGAUGUAUUUCG